AUGAUAUUUUUCCGCUGGUCCUAUACAGCGGCUCACCUGCAACCGUACACUCCGGUACCCAACACCACUGCACGCGCCCCCGGAUUACUGUCACAGUCCAAGUGCCGUAGGGAACUAGAGUUUUUCUCAGGGAUGGCGGCGAAGGAUGAAGCUAUGGAGGCUCUCAAGAGAGAGACGGUUGAUUUGGAAAAUAUACCGGUGCCGGAGGUGUUCGAGAAUCUGAGAUGCACGAGGGAGGGGCUGACGUCGGAGGAUGCUAACAGGAGGCUUGAAAUUUUCGGUCAGAACAAGCUCGAGGAGAAGGAGGAGAGUAAAUUUCUGAAGUUCUUGGGAUUUAUGUGGAAUCCUCUGUCGUGGGUGAUGGAGGCCGCGGCCGUUAUGGCCAUAGCUCUUGCAAAUGGAGGAGGAAGACCACCAGACUGGCAGGAUUUUGUUGGUAUCAUAAUUCUUCUGGUGAUUAACUCAACCAUAAGUUUCAUAGAGGAGAACAAUGCAGGGAAUGCAGCUGCUGCUCUCAUGGCCCGUUUAGCACCUAAAGCGAAGGUUCUUCGUGAUGGGCGUUGGAAUGAGGAAGAUGCGGCGGUUCUUGUUCCUGGCGAUGUAAUCAGUAUAAAGUUGGGCGAUAUUAUUCCUGCAGAUGCUCGCCUCCUUGACGGAGAUCCGUUAAAGAUAGACCAGUCUGCUCUCACUGGUGAAUCCCUGCCCGUGACAAAAGCCCCUGGAGAUGGUGUUUACUCGGGCUCUACAGUGAAACAGGGCGAAAUUGAUGCUGUGGUCAUUGCAACUGGUGUUCAUACAUUCUUUGGGAAGGCUGCUCACUUAGUGGACUCCACUAAUCAAGUAGGACAUUUUCAGAAGGUCUUGACUGCGAUCGGGAACUUCUGCAUAUGCUCGAUUGCAGUGGGAAUGAUUAUCGAGAUUAUUGUGAUGUACCCUAUUCAACACCGUGCUUAUCGUCCAGGAAUCGAUAAUUUGCUUGUGCUUCUGAUUGGAGGAAUUCCAAUUGCAAUGCCAACAGUCUUAUCUGUUACAAUGGCAAUUGGUUCACACCGUUUGUCCCAGCAGGGAGCCAUCACUAAGAGAAUGACAGCAAUUGAAGAAAUGGCCGGCAUGGAUGUGCUUUGCAGUGACAAAACUGGAACUCUGACAUUAAAUAAGCUAACAGUCGAUAAAAAUCUCAUCGAGGUUUUCACAAAAGGAGUGGAUGCUGAUACGGUUGUGUUGAUGGCUGCCCGAGCCUCUCGGUUGGAAAAUCAAGAUGCGAUUGAUGCGGCAAUUGUAGGGAUGUUGGCUGAUCCCAAGGAGGCAAGGGCCGGAAUUCAGGAGGUUCAUUUCCUACCAUUCAAUCCAACUGAUAAGCGCACUGCAUUGACGUACAUCGAUAGUGAUGGUAAAAUGCAUCGAGCUAGCAAGGGAGCUCCUGAACAGAUACUGAACCUUGCAUACAACAGACCUGAGAUUGAGCGACGAGUCCAUUCGGUCAUCGAUAAAUUUGCUGAGCGGGGAUUAAGGUCUCUUGCUGUUGCAUACCAGGAAGUUCCUGAAGGAAGGAAAGAGAGCCCAGGAGGUCCAUGGCAAUUUUUUGGGCUUAUGCCACUUUUUGAUCCUCCUAGGCAUGAUAGCGCCGAGACAAUCAGAAGGGCUCUGAAUCUAGGAGUAAAUGUUAAAAUGAUUACUGGUGAUCAGCUAGCAAUAGGCAAGGAGACAGGGCGUCGUUUGGGAAUGGGUACAAACAUGUAUCCUUCGUCUUCUUUAUUAGGACAGGACAAAGACGAGUCCAUUGCUGCUUUGCCGAUCGAUGAAUUGAUCGAAAAGGCGGAUGGCUUUGCUGGUGUUUUUCCUGAGCACAAGUAUGAAAUUGUCAAGCGUUUGCAAGCUCGUAAACAUAUAUGUGGGAUGACCGGGGAUGGGGUCAACGAUGCCCCUGCUCUUAAAAAGGCUGAUAUUGGAAUAGCUGUUGCUGAUGCAACUGAUGCUGCAAGAAGUGCAUCUGACAUCGUACUGACUGAACCCGGUCUGAGUGUAAUCAUCAGUGCAGUCCUCACCAGUCGUGCAAUCUUCCAGCGGAUGAAAAAUUACACGAUAUAUGCUGUUUCCAUUACAAUUCGGAUUGUUCUCGGGUUUAUGUUACUUGCACUCAUAUGGCAGUUUGACUUCCCUCCCUUUAUGGUUCUGAUUAUUGCCAUUCUUAAUGAUGGGACCAUCAUGACAAUAUCAAAGGAUAGGGUGAAGCCAUCUCCUUUACCAGACAGCUGGAAGUUAGCUGAGAUUUUCACGACAGGAGUUGUUCUUGGAGCCUACUUGGCGAUGAUGACUGUCAUUUUCUUCUGGGCAGCUUAUGAUACUGACUUCUUCCCCAGAGUUUUCGGAGUUAGGUCUCUCGAGAGAUCAGUUAACCCAAACUUCAGAAUGCUUGCCUCGGCCAUAUACCUACAGGUGAGUAUAGUCAGCCAGGCCCUCAUUUUUGUGACGAGAUCAAGAAGCUGGUCGUUCAUCGAGCGCCCUGGAUCUCUUCUCGUGGGGGCUUUCCUUAUUGCACAGCUAAUUGCUACACUGAUUGCUGUAUAUGCAAACUGGAGUUUUUGCGCGAUCGAGGGGAUCGGGUGGGGUUGGGCCGGCGUUAUCUGGCUCUAUAAUAUAAUAUUCUAUUUCCCACUCGAUUUCAUCAAAUUCUUCAUCAGAUAUGCAUUGAGCGGAAGGGCCUGGGAUCUUGUUAUCGAGCAAAGGAUUGCAUUUACAAAGAAGAAGGAUUUCGGCAAAGAGGAUCGUGAACUUAAGUGGGCACAGGCUCAGAGGACACUUCACGGGCUUCAUCCACCCGAGACACAGUACAACGAACGUCCUGCACACAAUGAUCUUAACCAGAUAGCUGAAGAGGCCAGGCGUCGAGCAGAGAUGGCAAGGCUGAGAGAGUUGACUACGCUGAAGGGCCACGUGGAAUCAGUUAUAAAGUUGAAGAAUCUCGACAUAGAUACUAUUCAGCAGUCGUACACAGUCUGA